AUGGAGACGUUGAAUAACAUCGCCAACGGCGUGGCCAAGCUGGCCGGGCAGGCUCUUCCCGAUGGCAGCGACAACAUUGGCACGAAGUCGGCCCUCGACCUGAUCGGACACACGCCGCUUGUGCGCCUCAACAAGAUCCCCCAGUCGCUUGGCAUCAAGGCGCAGGUUUUCGGCAAGCUCGAGCUCGCCAACGCCGGCGGCAGUGUCAAGGACCGGAUAGCAUUGCGCAUGAUCGAGGAGGCAGAGAAGAGCGGGCGUAUCAAGCCUGGUGAUACCCUGAUCGAGCCUACCAGUGGAAACACUGGCAUCGGCCUCGCCCUGGUCGGCGCUGUCAAGGGCUACAAGACGAUCAUCACGCUUCCCGAGAAGAUGUCUGCCGAGAAGGUGUCUGUCCUCCGCGCUCUGGGGGCCACUAUCAUCCGCACUCCGACCCAGGCUGCCUGGGAUAGUCCCGAGUCGCACAUUGGUGUGGCGAUGCGCCUCCAGAAGGAGAUUCCCAACUCGCACAUCCUCGACCAGUACACCAACGUCGACAACCCGAGAGCGCACGAGUUUGGCACCGCGGAGGAGAUCUGGGAGCAGACCAAGGGCAAGGUCACCGCUGUCAUUGCUGGCGCCGGCACUGGCGGUACCAUCACCGGCAUUGCGCGCGGCCUGAAGAAGCACAACAAGGACAUCAAGAUCGUUGCCGCGGAUCCCUAUGGCAGCAUACUGGCUCUGCCGGAGAGCCUCAAUGACGUCAAGGCCAACAUCCCCUACAAGGUGGAGGGCAUCGGCUACGACUUCAUCCCCGACGUUCUGGACCAGCACAUCGUCGACAAGUGGUACAAGACGGACGACGAAGAGUCCUUCAGGCUCGCCAGGAGGCUAAUCGCCGAGGAGGGCCUCCUCGUGGGCGGUAGCUCGGGAUCGGCCAUGGCGGCCAUGGUCCGCGCCGUCAAGGACCUCAACCUCGGCGCCGACGACGUCGUGGUGGUGGUGCUACCCGACAGCAUCCGUAGCUACCUCUCCAAGUUUGCCGACGACGACUGGCUGGCGGCCAACAACCUGCUCGCGGCGGUCAACGGGUCCGAGGCCGAGCUGGAGCACCAGAACAAGACGCUCAACAACAGCAAGCGGCGGCCGAGCAACCCGUACGGCACCGAGACGGUGCGCACGCUGCGCCUCAAGCCCGUCACGUCGGUCAUGGCGGACAGCCCGUGCGCCGAGGCCAUCGAGACGAUGCGCGACAAGGGCUUCGACCAGCUGCCCGUGCUGAGCCCCUCGGGCGGCCGGCUCACGGGCCUGGUCACGCUGGGCAACCUGCUCAGCUACAUCUCGCGCGGGCGCGCCAAGCCGACGAGCCCCGUCAGCGAGGUCAUGUUUGACUUUGGCCGGUUGGACGAGGUGGUCACGGACCCGCGCGACAUCAUGUCCGGCGACGCGGUCGCGGCGUCGGGCCGCAAGCGCAAGUUUGUCGAGAUCACGAUGGACACGCCGCUGACGGUGCUGAGCAAGUUCCUCGAGUGGAACAGCGCGGCCGUCGUGACGGAGAAGAACGCCGGCGACCGGCUGACCAAGCCCGUGGCCGUCGUGACCAAGGUCGACCUGCUGACUUGGAUGAUGAAGGAGAUGAAGAACUGA